AUGGGAAACUGUUGCAGAGCUGAGUCUUCAUCAUCAUCAUCCAUGAUCUGGGCUGGUGAUGAUUGGAAGUCGCUGCUUAAAGAUGCGGGAGAAGGCAAGAGGCUUCUCGAUGGUGCUGAUGGACAGAGAGUUUCUUCUUCUUCUUCUUCUUCUUCUUCUUCUUCUUCUUCAUGCAGGAGAGAGAUUAAGAUCAAGAUCAGUAAGGAGGAGCUAGAGAAGUUGGUGCAGAAAAUGGAAGCUCAAGGACUGUCUCUAGAGGAAGUCCUGCCUCUUCUGAUUAACAAGAACACUUUCAGUUGUCAUGGAUUGGGUUUCGCGAAGCAUGGCGGUCAUCAUUCAUGGAGACCGGCUUUGCAAAGUAUUCCGGAGGCCAUCUAA